AUGGGCGAUCGAUGCGCCCUGAUUGGCUGCUGGUCACGUGACCCAGACGGACUAAAUGGAGCGGAAAAUCACGAUUACGGCUCUGAUCCCCGCAGCAGCACCGUUAACUGGACCGGUUCAGGACCGCAGACCCGACCGGAACCAGCAGACAGGAUGGCGAGCGCCGGCCCGGCCAGGAAGCCGUACCGCAAGGCUCCGCCGCAGCACCGCGAGACGCGCCACGGCCUGACCCCCGCCUCGCCGCCGCCCGCCCAGCGGCCCGACCUCAGCCAGGUAACCCCGUCCCCGCAGCGCCGUGAACAGGCCCCGCCCCCCUCCGACAGCGAGCCGGACGUCUCCAGCCUGUCAAGCCUGGAGCUCUACGUGCCGCCGCCGCCGCCCUUCAGGAGCUCUGCCCACCGGCCUGAACGCCACGCCGCCAGUCAGAGCAGGGGAGGUCACAUAGGCUCCGCCCCCUCCAGGAGACGUUCCCCGGUGCGGCACCGCCCCAGCCGGACCCAGCGGACCGCCCCUGCCCGUGGCGCCACCCCCAAAAGCAUCCUGAAGCAGCCGGCCGCCGUGGGGGCGGAGCCAACCUACGACACGCUCAGGAAGUCAAAGUCGGUGGAGCUGCUGGGUGACGGGCGGCGGGGGGCGGAGCAUCGGGGGCCGCCCUCGCUGCAGUCGCUGGCCCCGUCCUCCUCCACCCGGACCGCCUGGAACUGGAGGAUGCAGGUUCUGGAGGAGAAGGUCCGGUUCUCCAGCUUCCUGGACGAGAUCACCUGCCGUGUCUUAAGCCCUGCCCGCCUCGCACAGCUCGGCAGGCCGCCCGCAGACCUUAGAGGCUCCGCCCACCAGCACGGCCGCCGUCCCGACACCGGCCGACGGUCCGCAGACCGGACCCGGCGCUGGGACGGCUGGGUGGCGUCGAUACGGCGACCCGACGGCUGGAACCAGCCUCUGGAGAGGGCGGGGCGCGGUGACAUCACACAGGGGGCGGAGCUUAGAAAGGUGACUGAGGUCAGGCAGAGACCCAGACCCCCCCUGUCCAGUCUGUCCCUGCUGUCCCACAUCAAGGAGGCGCUGUCGGACUCCGACAGGAUCAGAAUCCUCCAGCAGCAGAACGAGGACCUGCGGCACCGCCUGUCACUCUCCACCCACAAGAUGGAGGCCAUGGAGGCGGAGUUUGAGGGCAGCCGUCACUACAUGGAGGCGGAGCUCAGCCGGACCAGAGACGACCUGGACAAGAUGAGGGACAAGUUCCGCAGACUCCAGAACAGCUACACGGCGUCGCAGCGAGCCAAUCAGGACCUGGAGGAGAAGCUGCACGCUCUGCUACGGAAGGUGGAGAGGGACAAAAAAACAAUGGACCAGGAGAUCGUGGAGCUCACCAACAAACUUUUGGACGCUAAGAACACCAUAGACCGCCUGGAGGAGCUCAACGAACGCUACAGGCAAGACUGCAACUUGGCCGUUCAGUUGCUCAAAUGCAACAAGUCCCACUUCAGGAACCACAAGUUUGCUGACCUGCCCUCGGAGCUGCAGGAAAUGCUCAACAAACACAUGAAGUCCAGCCUCCCGGAGCGAAGCCCCGCCCCCGGCGGCCAGGACCCAGACACGCUGAGCCUGACGCACGCCGACGUCGUGCCGACCUCCGUCAUCGCCCGCGUCCUGGAGAAACCCGAGCCGCUGGUUCUGAACUCGGCCCAGUCCAGAGAGCGGACGUUGGAGAGGAAGAUGGACGGAAGCGGCGAUCUGUGGGGGUUAGCGUUUAGCUUAGCUGUUAGUCCACUUCGACAGCCGCGCUUCCGCUGCCGGUCGCACCGCCUUCGCUUUCUCCUCCUCCGGCUAGUGCUGCUAGGCGAGUCCGCUGCGCUGCGGGCCGCUGGGUCUUGCCUCCGUAGCACUCCGAGAUCACGUAAACACUCCAGAGUCGGUACCAACGGUCCAAACCAAUCCAGCAGCUGUUUGUCUGCUGUGUUGCCAUGGGAAUGGGUCAGACCCAGCCUGCGGUUCUGUUGGUUCUGCUCAGUGACUGUGUGUCCUCGUGUCUCCAGGGAGCGUCCAACGGACCAGCUCGACCCAGAGGUUCUGGAGGUCCUGACCAACGGCCUGAAACCGGACCUGCAGGCGGCCCGGCGCCUCGCCAAGCGGCUCUACGCUCUGGACGGGUUCCGCAAGUCCGACGUGGCGCCGCACCUCAGCAAGAAUAACGACUUCAGUCAGAUGGUGGCGCAGGAGUACCUGGAGCACUUCAACUUCAGCGGCAUGAACAUCGACCAGGCGCUCAGGACGUUUCUGACCCGGUUUGCUCUGAUGGGAGAAACCCAGGAGAGAGAGAGAGUCCUCGCUCACUUCUCCAGGAGAUACAGGCAGUGUAACCCCGAGACGCUGUCCACUGAUGACAGCAUCCACACCCUGACCUGCGCCGUCAUGCUGUUGAACACUGAUCUCCAUGGAAACAACGUGGGGAAGAGGAUGUCCUGCAGCCAGUUCAUCUCCAACCUGGAGGGACUGAACGACGGGAAGGACUUCCCCAAAGACCUGCUGAAGACGCUGUACAGCUCCAUCAGGAACGAGAAGCUGCAGUGGACCAUUGAUGAAGAGGAGCUGAGGAAGUCGGCGUCGGAGCUGGCCGACGGCCGCACCGACUCCGCCUCCCAGACCAUGCGGCGCGUCACCGGCGGCAACCCGUUGGUGGGCGUGGCCCAGCAGGCCGACGGUGAACUCUACAAGAGCGGCUUCCUGGUGAGGAAGGUCCACGCCGACCCGGACGGGAAGAGAACUCCGCGGGGGAAGAGAGGCUGGAAAACCUUCUACGCCAUGCUGAAGGGUCUGGUCCUCUACCUGCAGAAGGACGAGUACCGGACGGAGCGAGAGCCGACGGAGGACGACGUGAAGAACGCCGUGUCCGUCCACCACGCCCUGGCCAUGAGGGCCGCCGACUACCGCAAGAGACCCAACGUCUUCUACCUGAGGACGGCCGACUGGAGGGUCUUCCUGCUGCAGGCGCCGAGCGCCGAGCAGAUGCAGUCGUGGAUCACCAGGAUCAACGCCGUGGCGGCCAUGUUCUCUGCUCCUCCGUUCCCGGCCGCCAUCGGCUCCCAGAAACGCUUCAGCCGCCCGCUGCUGCCCGGGUCCAACACCAAGCUGACCCAGGACGAGCAGCUCCAGGCCCAUGAGAACCGGUUCCGGGCGGUUUCCUCGGAGCUGACGGAGCUCGCUGCCACCACGCCCGACCGCAGGGUCAAAGGUCGUGAGCUGGAGGAGCAGAAGCUGCGGAGGGAGUACCUGGAGUUCGAGAAGACGCGGUACGGGACGUACGCCAUGCUGCUGCGGGCCAAGAUGGCGGACGGCGGCGCCGACCUGGCUGCCUUCGAGGCGCGGCUGUGUGGCGACGGCGGCCUGCAGAGGGCGCACUCCAGCCCCUCGCUGCCCCAAGACACCGCCGCCACCCGGGACAAGAGCCGCGGCGCCAAGACGUCCCGCAGCCUGAAGACCACGCCCUCCUCCUCCUCAUCCUCGGUGACGAAGAGUUGCGCCAAUGAGGGGGAGGGGCCAAAGAACGGCCAGAGGGCGGAGCUUCAGAAGCAGAGCAGCAAGCAGGAGGAGGCGGCGUAAUGUUCAGGCGCCGUCGGACAAAACGCUGAGGCACUUUGCCCCCUUGUGAGACGUUCGAGGUCGGCGGGAAAACAGACAUUCAUCCAGGAAGCACUUCCAGCCGUCGGCCUUUCACAACAAAAGCUUUAUUUCCUGUUAGUAAUUUCAGGGCAGCAAGCUGAGACCGGCGCGUUCAGGGUCACCAACCCAUCGUAGGAAAUUAUAGUUGCAUCGUCUCAGAUGGAAUCUGAGAGGAAACAACCGACCAGAACCAGAACCUCCAGAACUGUUGGACCAGAACCUUCAUGUCUCCUUUCUUCAGUUUCUGCUGGAGACAAACAGGAAGUACGGAGAACCGUUAGGGACAAAAAACUGAUUUCCAUUUAACCUGCAGAUCAGUCGAACUGAUGCAGAACCUCCGGUUCUGGACCCGGUUCUGGACUCUGGACCCGGCUCAGAGUAAAAAUGUUCCAGAUGUGAAAUUAAUUCACAGAAUUUAAAUUGAAUCCUGAAUUCAGGAACUGAGGAACCAAAGAUCCUCUGUGCUGGAAGUUGUCUCACUCCUGUUUUUAUUUGACCAGAUUCUCUUUCUGUGCGUGUGUGUGUGUGUGUGUGUGUGUGUGUUUUCAUAGUUUCAGUCAGAACCAGGCUGUAAUUCUCUGCUGCUGCCACUGGGGGGUAACAGUCAGUCGGACUGGAUCAGAACCAGAACCAUUCUCUUCUGAAGAAGGUUCGAUGUUUUAGGCAGAAAAAUCAGGAAAGCUCACAGAACUGAUCCGGUUCAGAACCCGAUCAGAACCAGAAGUUAAAACAUCAGAAUGAAAGUUUUCUGCUGUUAACGGACCGGUUCUGAUCCGCCUCCAGCUGGCAGCAGAGGGAACCGGAUCAGAACCAAACUCUUCGAGAGUAGGGUUCUUUUCUCCUAUGACCCAUCAGAACCAAACUGGGUUCUGUUCGGAUUCAGACUGGAUCAGAACCUGAGGACGAGUGACACCAGGUGGUGUCCAGAACCGGGUCACAGAGGUACCACCAGAGCCGGUCUGGUUCUGAAACUUUCUGGUUCUGUUGGACCAACCCGUCCUCUUCCUCAGGCUGCAGAUGAAGACCUAGACCGGUUCUGGUCGGUCCAGAGCGAGCAGAACCACUUCAGUACCAGAACUCUGCAAUUUCUGGUUCCGUGUAAAUAAGCUGGACCGGACCUGACCGGACCUCAGAAAUCUGUUGUAAAUAAAGUUGGACCUUCAGAACCGGAAGAAGCCAUACAGCCGCACUUUGUUCUGAGUCGGAACCAGGUCGAAUCGGACCGGAACCGGCCUGUGCUGUACAGACGUCACUUACUGUCUCGAUCCAUUGAGCAAAAUAAAAACAUGGACCGGAACCGAA